AUGGCACAGUUCCUAGCAGAAAUUUUGGGAAACGUCGUGGGUAAAACGCAGUACCAUGUGCGCAAUAGCUUCGAAUUUGCAACGGAAAUUUCGCACGUGAGCAUCCCAGAUGGUUGCAUCAUGUACUCGCUGGACGUAGUAUCUCUCUACACCAACGUUCCUGUCGAAAAAGUUUAUCAAUUAGUAGAAGAAAAAUGGGAAGAGAUACAGGAAUACACCACCAUCCCAUGGGACAGCUUCAAACAUGCCAUGAAAACUGUCCUAGAAGCAUCGUUUUUCCAGUAUGAGGGGAAAUUCUACUGCCAAACAACGGGGGUCCCCAUGGGAUCCCCCCUUUCACCGGUAGUGGCGAACCUAAUCAUGGAGAAGGUAGAACAGGAUGCCAUAACAAGACUAGAGGAGAAUAACAUCACCCUGUCCAUAUACAGACGGUACGUCGACGACUGCUUCAUCGUCGGGAGAAGAGAAGAUGUGGAGAAAGUGGUGGAGCAGUUCAACGUCAUCGACGAGAAGCUACAAUUCACCGUGGAGGAAGAAAUGGAAAUGGGCCCAUAUAGCCGAGGCGACUAUAACUCGGAGAGCCCGCAUACCCACAAGGUGAAAACGAUGAUCGCGCUCAUCGAUCGGGCACUCAAGCUGACGGACACCGAUCGAAGGGAGGAAAGCAUUGGAAUGGUUAAAAAGAUUCUUCGCAACAACAACUACCCGGAGGAUCUCAUAAAACGAACGUUGCGAGAACGACUCCAUCUGCUGUACAACACGAUGGAGAAUGAGAGGAAAAAAGAGGAACCAAAAAAGUACGUGUCUAUCCCAUACAUCCCGGGUCUCAGAGAAAAAGUGAGAAAAACGUUGAAGAAACACGACAUCACGGCUUCUUUCAAACCUUGUGAUAAGGUGAAAAACACGGUUUUCACCAAACUGAAGGAUGCCAUACCACCAAUGAAAGAAACAAACGUGACGAACAGCACCGAACGGAACGACGACGACACAGAGAAGUGA